ACGAGGAGACUUUUUCAACUACAUGUGUCCCACAGAAGAAAUUCGUCUUUAUAAGGACACAUAAGACAGGCAGUACCACAACAAUCAACAUCUUCCAGCGUUUCGCCAUUCACAACAAACUGAAGGUACUGAUGCCGGUGGGACCGGGAAUACUAAGUUGGCCGUUCCCCCCAGAAGAAAAUGAGUACGUCCACACGCCAGACAAAAAAUACGACGCACUUGUGCAUCAUUUUGUGUACAACAAGACGUGGCUACGGAGCAAGUUUCCUCCGGAGACAAAGUAUAUAUCUAUAAUAAGACAACCAUUCAGUCAUCUCAAGUCUCAGAUUAAUUACUUCCACCUCCCAAAGGCCCUUGGCAUACAGCACACUAAGAAUCCAGUGAAAAAGUUCCUGAAGGACCCCUGGCGGUACAGGAACGGAUCUGAAACAUUCUUCCCUCACGUGAACAUCACGUGGGACGGGACCAGGAACCCCAUGACCUUUGACAUGGGGUGGCCGGCCGAGAGGGCAGAUGAUGAAGAGGAAGCUCGCAAGUACAUCAGUCAGUUAGACGCUGACUUCACUCUCGUGAUGAUCCUAGAACAUUUGGAUGAAUCUGUCGUUCUUCUGAGGCGUUUGAUGUGCUGGGAACUCCGAGACGUUUUGUUUUACUCUAAGAGUAAAAACUCGCGCCCUUACUUGUACAAGACGUACGUGGCAGCAGCAAAAGAAUUGGAGAACCACCGUAGCUGGAGCGCCAUUGAUUACAUGUUGUACAACACGUUCAACAACUCACUAUGGCGAAAGAUCAACGCCCAGGGUCCAGAAUUUUAUGACGAGUUGAAAUAUUUCAAACGCAUCAAGGAUGACGUCAGUGACUUUUGCAUGAGGACAAUGAAAGGUCAGAGUGAAGGCAAACAAACAAAGGUCAUAACCGCAUCCAAAUGGAAUCCUGAAUUUGAAGUGGACAAGGAUUACUGUUGGGAAAUAACAAGAGCAAAGGCAUAUAACCUUGACUUGGAGAUUAGAGGACGAGGGUAUACCAAAGAAGAGAUGAGAUUUAGCGUCAUGACUCUAACAUUUAACUACAGGCUUUUACACUUGGGACUGCCAACAUUUAAAAAUAUAGGGGAGGCCAGUGCCGCUGGUAUUAAGGGUUCAUUAUUUAGAAAACGAGAACGCCAUAAUACAGCGCUUGGUUAACACAUAUUAAGUCAUACCACGGUUCUUAUCAUGGCGUGCGGAUAGUUUAGAAUUUUCAAGAUGUAUUUUGAUGUGCAUCACAUCUUUGCUCAAUAAAAUAACUUAAUGUUGUCUUUAUAUGAAUGCAUGGGCUGCGUAUUAGGCCCCAACAUCUCCAACCAGGACCCACUAAAACCUAAUGAAAAGGCCGUGGCCUGGCUGCAGUACUGGCACGGAACGAUAGGAUGAUGAUGUGGCUCAUAGCUAUACGAAUAUUAUCGCAUAUUGUGAUGAUUGCUUUCGUGUUGUUG